UAGCCUGGAGAAAAGGAGGUUCAGGGGUGACCUUACUGAUAUCUGGAACUGCCUGAAAGGAGGUUGUAGCAAGAUGGGUGUCGGGAUCUUCUCUCAGACAACUCAUGACAGGACAAGAGGACAUAGCCUCAAGCAGCACCCAGGGGAGGUUUAGAUUGGACAUUAGGAGGAAUUUCUUCACAGAAGGAGUGAUUAGACACUGGAAUGGGCUGCCCAAGGAGGUGGCGGAGUCACUGUCGGUGGAAGUGUUUAAGGUAAGACUGGAGUUGCCUGUGGCACCCAGUGCCAUGGUCUGGUUGACACAGUGCUGGUGUUCGGUCAUAGGCUGGACGAUCUCAGAAGGUUUUUCCAACCUAAUUGAUUACGUGAAUGUAACCAGGCAAAGCUUUGGCUUAAACCCCUCUUUUGAUACCGUAAUCUCGUGUGACAAGUGAAUACUCGCGUAAACUUUACUUAGCAAGCCCCGGUUGGCGAACUGAACCCAGACCGGGCCUGAGGCGGCCCCGCGGUCCGGGCCGUCCCUCACGCUCCCGCCCGCGGCCGCCAGGGGGAGCGCUGGCGCGCGCCGCCGGCAGCGCCUUUGUCCCACCGGGAGCAACGGCCGGGGCAACCGCCGCCCCCCGGGGCCCCCGGGGCUCCCCGGGGCCUCUCGCCCUUCCCGCUCCCGUCCCGCCCGCCGCCCUGUUGUUUUCGGUUUUUCCCAGCUGACAGCCGGCUGCCCGGCCAUGGAGAACCGCACUGUCUACAACCAGAACACAGAACCGGAGGCGUCCCGCCGCCUGCCGUCCUCUUUGUUGCGGUUUUUUCCAGCUGGGAGCCGGCGACCCGGCCCGGCCAGGGAGCACGGCUCCACCUACAAUCAGACCACAGAACCUCAGGCGUCCCGCCGCCUGCCGUCCUUUUUGUUGCGGUUUUUUCCAGCUGGGAGCCGGCGACCCGGCCCGGCCAGGGAGCACGGCUCCACCUACAAUCAGACCGCGGAACCGCAGGCGUCCCGCUACCUGCCGUCCUUUUUGCUGCGGUGUUUUCCAGUUGGGAGCCGGCGACCCGGCCCCAAGAACCAGACCAGGGAACCUCAGGCGUCCCGAUACCUUCCGUCCUUUUUGUUGCGGUGUUUUUCAGCUGGGAGCCGGCAGCCCAGCCCGGCUAGGGAGCACGGCUCCGCCUACAAGCAGACCGCGGAACCGGAGGCGAAGACGCCCCGCCCGCUUCCCUUUUGCUUUCGUUUUUUUCCAGCUGGGAGCCGGCGCCCCGGCCCGGCCAUGGAGAACGGCGCCGUCUACAACGAGACCACGGAACCGGAGGCGAAGGCGCCCCGCCGCCGCCCCUUGGGCUGCACCCUGCAGCACCUGAGGGGAUGGCGGCUGCCAGUCAAGGUGGUCCAGACGAUUUUCUCUUUUGUGGCUGUUGUUUGUGAAGAAGUUGUAUACGAUUGCAUCACUUGUAGUGGACUUUACUUCUUUGAAUUCGUAAGCUGCAGUGCCUUUCUUUUGAGCCUCCUGAUUCUGUAUGUGUAUUGCACUGAUUUGUAUGAAUCACUGGGGGAAGACAAAGUGCAGAAACUGAAUUUUUGGGCCGUGCUGGUCAUAGGUGCCUGGUUUCUAGUAGCAUCAAUAGUGUUUUCUACAACCUCUGACUCUGCUCCUGAAAAUGCUGCAUGUGUAUUUGGAUUUCUUGCAACUUUGGCAUUUGCAGCUGAAUUUGGUGUAGAGCUCUCUCAUAGGCGAAAACCAAAAAACACCGAUGGACGCCCUGAAAAUCCUCGUAACACUCCAAGUUCCACAGAAAAUCAGCCAUUGAAUAAACAAAGAUAACUUCCUGAAAUUGUUUCUUUUUUUUUUUUUUUUUUUUUUUUUUUUUUUUUUUUUUUUUUUUUUUUUUUUUUUUUUUUUUAUUGGUGCAAACUAAAAUGAACUUUCAGUGCACCGUAGGUAACAACUUCUGUUUCUUUGUUCUAGUCAAUUUUGUACGCAUUGCUCAUCACAAAUUUUUAUGGAUUCUUGGUCAGGUAAUGGCAUUAGCAUCAUGUUCUAAGGUACCUGGUCCUGCCACCUGCUGGGAUGACAGGCACUAAAAAACCUUGGGUCUAAACAGAAUAACUUCAGGACAGUAGUGUGCUGAUUUGAUUUUGACAGAGAUGACUAAUAAAGGUUAAUGUCUGAGGCAUACAUUAUGAGCUAUAACCUAAAGAUAUUUCCUGGUUAAAUGGACCAGAUGUUUCUGUUGCGAGUUAAAAAUUAGCACCGCAGAAUUCAUUUUUGUACUUCCUGGUGAAACUGGAUGCAAAAGGGAUACCUAACUGGAAUUUACAGGAAUGUUUAUCCUUAAGUAAGGGGUUCGGGGUUGUUUUUCAUUACUCCUGUGUCUCAGUUCUGUCUGUGGAGAUCAGUUUAACGGUAUAGUGACUGUAGGGGGUUUAUGGGGAAAGUAAUGUAAAUGGUAUAUUGAAGAGACAGUUUUGCAGCCCAUAAUUAUCAAAGUUUGGACUUGUAUGCCAGAAUCUUCUUUCAGAUGGUUUAAAAAACUGUAACAUUUGCAGGAAGAAACUUGAAAAGCCAGCAGUGAGAGGAAUAAGAUAAAGAAUAAGUAUUUUGCAUGAAGGAACCCCAGAUGCAGCAAUCUGAAUAUCAAUGGAAAAAAACCUUAGAGCAUGUUGGUUCUACCCUGGUGAAUAUUACUUGCAAGGUUAGUGCCAUAUGCAGCUUAUUUAUGUACAGAUAAUGCUAAAUUUUGCCAGAAUGGUUUUAAACCUCACCAUUUUCUGUGUUUAUAGAUAUGGCAGUAGCUUGAGACUCCUUGCUGCUGACUAGCUCAGUUGGUAAACAGGUAAAUAAGCACUUGUCCCCUUGAUUUGUUUUGCAAGCAACAGUCUGUAGGACUGCAAGGAACACUUCUGAUGGGACAUGUAUCGGACAAGUGAUGGAUGUGUCAGACCAGAUGUUGAAGGCUGUAAAAGAAAUGAAGUGCUGAAAGAGCAUUUUUCUGAUGUCUGAGGUAAAAGCAAGACUGCUAUGCCUCUCUUAAGAGGAAAGUUUCAAAAGCAGAGCAAAUUACUGUAAGCCAGGAGAUGUUCCAAAAUAUCAAAGCUAAUGAGAAAAACCUGAUUGAGUGCUUGAGACAUUUGCUGUGUCUCCCAGGCGUUAACUGUAUUUCACUGAUAUCCCAACCCGGCGUGUUCCCAGUCCUGUAACCUAUUGUGGCAGCAUUGAGACCAAGCCCCCCAGAAACUGGCUGAGCUGUAUUUAGGAAAGGAAGAGGAAGCUGUUUUAAGACAAAGGAUUGUAAUAGCAAGUCAAAGUUGGUUUUUUUUCGUAUUGCUGCCACUUUCUGAUUGUGAUUUUUGUGAUGUUCUCUCUCUCUCUAUGGCCUGAGACUUAAGCCUAACACUACACUUGGCUUGGCGGAUGCAAAAUUUUGCCGGGUGGUGUGAAGCACCAAGUUAAAGCCACAGCUUGGUUUUAGAACUAUGCAUAGAAGAGAUACUUUCCUUCAUAGAAUUUUUUGUGUUGUAGAGAAGAAAUGCUCUUUGGACUGGCUUUUUAAAAAAAUUUUUGUUCUAUUUAUUAGUGUCUGUUUGCACUAAAAUCUGACUUCAGUCAGUGCUUGCUGUAGCUGUCUCUGAUAACUGGGUAUAUUCAAGAUGUUUGGUUUACAAGCAGUGUUACUGGUGAUACAAAAUAUCCAUAAUGAAAAAUAUCUCCUCUAUGAUCUGCAAUGUCUUACUCUAGGGACCAUGCCCAAAUAAGUAACAUUGCAACAGUCUUGUUUUGGUUUAUUGCCUAGAGUCCUGCUGAUUUUUUUCCACACCAAGAUGUCUAUAGUCUUUCUAUCUUCACCUGUAAUUGGUAGCUGUAAAUAUAGUGUAAGAGCAACACUGUGCUGCUAAGUAUUUAUUAAGCAAUGCAGCACCGUGAAUGGACUUUUAUCUUGAGGUAAUUUUUCCUGUUAUUUUUUCUCACCCUGAAGAUAUGUUAAUGGAAGUCUGGAUUUUGCUUGGUUUUUUUCUAUAGGCUUUUCCCCAGCUAAGUGAUGUGUUACUGAUGUCCAUUCCUGGAGACACAGAAAGGGAUCUGUGCAGUCAUCUCCUGGCCUUGGCAGUUUACCUGGCCAUAGUCUGUCAUGUAGAAGUUAAAUACUAGGAGCGAGUCACAGAACUGUUAUAGGUUUAAGGCAGUUGCCUAAAAUGUUGCUUCCAACCCAGUUGUUGGUUAAUAUGCAUGAUUGUCCUGUUAAUUCUUGCACCUCGUGAGGUGUUUUUCCUCUGUUUUAAAAUAGUUGAGAAGCAGAUUGGGUGUGUGUGUUCUGUUUUCUGGUUCUGUGAGGUUAUUUUUUUAACUGCUUUAUCAGCUUCUUAUAUGCUAGCUUUCCUUAUCAUUCCUAGGUCCUCUUCCUUCCCAGUCUAGGUGGGGGAGAGGCUUCCUUGCUGCAGUGACUGAGCAGACUUGCCUGCAGUCUUGACAUGCCCCUUUGAUGCCUCUUUGAUGGUGUCAGGUGCUGGCUUUAAACGUCUGUCUCUUAAUUAGACUGAUCCUAGAGAAUGCUGUUGGAGCUGGAUUAAAUGUCUGGUUCUGCAGGAGCUCUGUGUGUAUGGCUGGAUGCCUUUUACCCCUCGUGCUCUGUCAGCAAAGCCCUUUGCUUGUUUCCCAACCUGCUUCUGAUGAAAUCAGCCAACCUUAUUUAAACCACCUAUUUAAAUUGCUUCCAUUAAGGCGGUUGAUUUUGACUUAAGCAGAUUAGGGAUUGUUCCGGAGAGUGAUAGGAGCUCUGGCAGAAGUGCUGUUAGAUACAAUUGCCUUCAAAUUUCUUCCGUUGGCAAAGUGAAUCUCUGUUCAUCAUAACUGGUAGUAAAGCCUGUUGGAAAGAAGCUGCAGGCCCAGUACAUCUAUCUGGGGAUUGUCUUCUCCAUUCUUCACCACAGUGCUUGGCAGUGGUGUUGGAGCCUGCUUGGACACUCAGCUUUGCUGUUUUCCAGCUGAACCUGUCAGGGUUAAGGCUCUGCAGCCACUUUCAAGGCUUUUUUGCAGCACCUUGAGAAUCAGUGGAGAGGAUUUUUCAGGAUAUAUGAGAACUUGUCCAGUGGCUGGACUGUGAACUUCUGCUCUGAAGAUCUGUACUGGGCAUUGCAUAGAUUGUGAAUGUUAAUUUUUGUAUUUGAUGUUUAGCUCACAUUAAAAUCACAGUGCUGCUUUGGUUCUGAGUAUAGGAAGGAAUUGUGCCUUACUGCCUGUACCCUGUGCUUGAAAAGAGCAGGGAAAGGUAGUGGUCUGUUACAGGUGAGUUCUACCUUUGCACCUUCCAACCUGAAAGAGCAGUGGACGAUCUCACGCAAUUCUCAGAGCUCAGCACAAGAUGUUUUUGCAUAAUGGCUGUUGUGGUGAUCCUUGUUCAGAUUUGUGCAAUAAAAUACCAAGCUUUCUACACGGAAGGGAAAUUCUUAGUGAAAAUUUUCAAAGGUUCUAUAAAAUUGUAGCAAAUAAAGAUGCUGAUAGUGCCUGUAGGAUGGAAAUUCAUCUUUUUUUCUUAGUCUAUUGCUGUAAACAUAAGCAGCUCUCUGGAUAUUAAAUUUUAUGCUGAACAGAACUAUAUGUCACUUUUAAUCCAUUAAGAAUUUAAGUGAUUUUUAAUUAUUAUUAAAGCAGGAUGAUAAUACUUUAAUUUUAUAUAUAUAAAGCAAGAAUUUUAUAGCUUCCAGUGUUGCCUUGAAUUUCCAUCUAAAUAAUUUUUAAAUGCUUAAAUAUUUUUUUAUCAUUCUAAACCUGUGACCCUUUUUAAUACGUUAUGUUUUCUUGAUCUAAGGAACUUUAUAAAAUAUUUUGUAAUCAUUUUUUAAAAUAAAGGUUUAGUAAAUAAGUGUUUCUUGUUUUUGCUGCUAUGAUUUGGUGUUGCUAUGUACUUCUCCCAAAACCAGCCAUAGGAAAUAACGUCAUUCUUUUGUUCCUGGUUUGGAGGAAAGAGCUUGCAUUGUGUUUGCCUGUUCCUGGGGAAGAGGGUCCAACUGGCUGGAUAUUCCCACUAGAAGUUCCCAGGAAAAAAGAUCUGAUAAGGUCAGUAUUGCCCCUGACCACAGGGUCCAGACUAAGUAGUUUGCAGUAGCUGUUACAUGUGGUCUAUAAGUUACUGUGAGAAGCAUAAUCAGGUGCUGCUUUCUGUUGUCUUGAUUACAUGGAAUUGAAAAAAUAAAGGGGCAGACUUGCUAAAGGAAGGAGCACAACCUAGCAAAAGGGGUUGAGAGCAAAUAAUUUAUUCUGGUAUAGAAAAACACAGGUCACUGACUUCCUUGGUUGAGGGAGAGCCGCUUGAUCUUUAAAAAAUUGUUUGGCUGAUUGUCAGUGGUAGGGGGUGAGGAAGAGGAAGCAAACCUGCAUGUUUUGCUUUUUCAGGGGAGCACUUUUUUGUUUCAUAAUCUUACAGAUUACUUAUUACCUGGUGGUCAUCUUGUACACAGGAGGAGAAUGACACUUCCUUCAUUGUUGGCACAGAAACUGGAAUGCCACAGUAUGCUUUUCUUUAUCUUGUAACAUGAAAAAUGAAAUAAUUUUAAAGAUGAAAUUGUCUGAUGAAGUUGCCAGAGAUGAGUGUAAUUGUAAGGACUCAAAAGGGAAAAGGUCUCAAAGGCUUUUAAUUACCUAGAUGCAAGAAAACAAUCAAGGCAAAAUGUUGUAUUAGAAAGGUAUGUCAGUGGUGGAUUUUACACCAUGAGAAAAUGACUCAGAAAUACUACAUUUAAUAAUCUGAAGCUUGACCACACAGUUUAAGUCGUGUUAUUGCUAAGAGUCACGACAACCCCCUUCUCAAGUGCCUAAUCCAAGUUGGUUCGCUGUAAAUGACCAGAAUGUAGUGCAGCAGGGCAGAAAAUGGGCAGCUUUCCUUUGUGAGUGCACAGGCGCACCUGGCCACUCUGUGCAUCCCUCGUCAAGGCACAGUUGUGUUUCCUUGCUUUGGGAUGGCUUUUCUCCUUACAGGGAGGAGCAGGACCAGCCAUCUGCUCUCCCACAUAGCUCCGGUCAUGCAGGAGCCAAGCGAGGUUCACUGCUUGGCUGGGCUUUGGGUGUGGCUGCCCCCUGGAUUGGGAAUGGCUAUUCUUAGCCCGCGGAAGGAAGCACAGGGAAGGGCAGAAAUGUAUUUUGCCUUGUUCCUGCCGUCUGCACAGGAACCUGCCGAGAAGCUGCAGGAGGGAAGAUUGUCCACAAGAGGGCAAAGAUGAUCCUAGGAUUGAAAUUACUUGGUCUGAAGGACUCCGUCCUCUUCCCACCUGUAUUUCCAGUGGGAUUGAAGCCCCCAUGCCCCUCUACAGUCAAUGUGGCUAUAAAUUGAACUGUGUAUUUUAGGGAUACUCUUUCCAUUAAUUUUCUUAUUUCUCAAUAUGUAGCUUGAAGUAUUUUUAGCAAUAUAAUCUCGUCAGUAUUGUCUCAGGGAGAUACUUUGCCUGAGCAGUUUGAAAGGGUUUUACUUGCAUUAAUUGUGUUUUGUAACCUGCCCAUAAAUGUUUUUAAAAAUUCAAGUCGAGCUUCAGCUGCAUGACAGCACCUGCACUUAAAACACUGCACUGCAGUCUUGGAGAACUUUGUGGUCUGUACUGUGCUGUGGUUUUCACUGAAAGGUCUGUGGAUCACAGGUGGGAGAGGAAUGGAGUGGGGCAUACCUGUGCAUUUCCUGGACUCUUAAAAAGUUAAAUGAGGGAAGCUUAUUAUCCAAAAAUGCAAAUUAUGCAUGCUGGAAAAAAAUCAGGGCCCACAAACAGAAUCAUUGGCAACCAUAGCUGUUAAGCGUGCCAGACGGGACUUCUUGCAGUUCCAGUCCUCUCCAGGCAUCCCAGUGAAACUUGCUUUGACCAGCCCACGUGCCCUGAUCACUUACUCAGUUUGUUUCUUAUGACUUGUUAUCUCUUGGCUGAAUUAUUGGUGGGAAAAUAAACCAGACUUGGCUGUUUUGAAGUUAGCAAGUCCUGAGGUGAGAGUCAGGCUUCAUGAGGAGGUGACAGCACAAACACAUUCUUCUGCAGCAUGAUGCAUGCACAGCCA